AUGUCAGUACGCCCUCGCGCGUCUCCCCAGUGCUCAGCAUGUCUACGCAGCUAUGUCUGGUCCGUCUUCGGCGAGCCAGCUGUACCGCCGACGGCAUUGAGACAGCAAGUUAGGGGCAAGAAGAAGAUGGCCAACCUUUCCAGCACUGUGCCGGUACGACUACUCCGGGACGUCAAGCGAUUCGGACGGAAAGGCGCCAUCGUACCCAUCUCCAAUGGCCGCAUGCGCAACGAAUGGUUCCCGCGUCACAUAGCCGAAUACAUCACGAUGCCCGAGCUGAAGACGUUACGGAUCAGCAACGCACCCAUGGAACGGGACUACGACUUCGGCACCAGACAAUAUGCAAAGCAAUUCGAUCUACCGAGCGACAUUAAAGGCGGCAUGAGCGCGACCGAGAAGCAGGAAGCGAGCAUGUUCCAGAAGAGGAUUAUCGACCCGACUCGUCUGAGUCCGGAGCGAAGUAUGGAGCUACUAGAGAUCUUCGUCCCGGGGAGACUGGACUUCUACCGCCAACCCAUCCUUGAGGAGAAGGAACCAGAGCCAGAGCCCGAAGCGCAGGCGCAGAAGGCGGAGCUGGCUAAACCCAAGCUUCCGACGGGGCCACAGGCUAUCUAUGGUAGUGUGAGCACACACGACGUCUUGGUUGCGGUGCGAGCAGCGAUGGCGGAGAACGAUGAGGCGAAGACGGUGGCGCUGAGGGAGGACGACGUGAGGUUCGUUGAUGUAUCGGUAGCGGAGGGCGGGGAGGCGGACAGGAUCAAGCAUAUUGGCGUGUUUGCGGUUGAGGUGAAAGUGAAAGGGGCGGAGAAGGGAAUGAGGAGGGAGGUUAGAGUUGUUGCGCAGGAUGCUGCUUGA